CCCUACUUUCGCUGUUGCAUGCAUCCACCCUCUCAACGCUCUUUAAACUUGCCGGAAUUUGUCGAAUGGGAAGUCCGAAUUACACUAUAUACGUGGUUGUGAUACCCACCGUUGGUCACCGCGCUUCCCGUACUCGCUGAAUCUCGUUAUCAGCCCUCCGUCACCAUGGCCGAUCUAAUCGCAUUCCACUCCUACUAUUCUCGGCACAGCCUGCUUUCGCCAUCCACCAUGAUUCCACGACCCAGCAGUCACAAGCGAUCCCUCUCGUCUGAAAAUCGAUCUCUCUCCCCCGAUAGAACUCUGACCAAGGCUCGGUCGGCCAACGACCUCGCUGGUGCCGUGACCGAAAAGUCCGCCCAGGCGACUCGCUCGACCAGCGUCGGAAAUCUUCCCGACAGUGGCUUCAGCACCUUGAAAGACCCCCGACUGGGGAGCACUCCCGAUAUAUCAGAAGAAUCCUCGCCAGCAUCGCAUCAUCCAGACCUCAGUAACGAGGUCGCUGCCUUGAGUGUCAAACUGGUCCAAGCGAUCAACAAUCAAACCACCCUCGACGAUAAUUUAGUCGCCACCCGCCAAGAAUUGGAACAGGCUCAAACUCGGAUCCGCACCCUCGAGUCGGAAAAUGAGAAAUAUCGGCGAGACAUUGAUCAGGAGGUCGUGAUCAAGAAAUCCGAUGUGGAUUAUGAGAUUCUACGUCUCAAGGCCGCCUUGGCGGAUGAAAAGGCGCAGCGUGCGCUCGUGGAGAAAGAAAAGAAGGGCAUUGAACAAGAGCUAGAGACUCUUACUGCGGCCCUUUUCGAAGAAGCAAAUAAGAUGGUGGCUGCUGCCAAACUCGAGCGUGAGGCGGUAGAGAAGAAAAAUGAGCAACUCCGUUCUCAAGUGAAGGAUACCGAAUCGCUUCUUGCCUCGCAUCAAGAACAACUGGCCGAGCUUAAAUCCGUCUUGCAGGGGAUGAACAUCACCAAAGACGAUAUUGAUGCUCGCACGAUCAUGUCUACGGCUCCAUCCUCCCCUGCUGGCCCUCAGAAGCCGCUGGACAUCACCAAAAACAAUGCGGAAGCAUCCAUCCUCCCGGAAGUGACUUGCCGUGAGGAAUUAUUGCCUGGCCCCUCGACCAGUUUCCCGCAAUACAUCAAAUCUAUAUGUCGGACCGAUGUGCCGGCGUUUGAGGAUUUUCGGGAUUUGUUCCAGUUAUCAACGACUGCUUCCAAACCGCCUAGUCGGGCGACUAGUGGGUCGUACACCGGCUUGAAUGUCAUGAGUUUGGCCAGUUUUGGUGGUGGUGCAUUCGGAUCAUCCGCCAUUUCUUCGCCCGCCAAAUCUCAGACUCACUCUCCUAACGGAAGUCUAUCCUCACCCCAGCCCUCGGUUUCUCACAUUCCCCUCAAAGAGACACGGUUCUACAAGCGUGUCCUCAACGAAGACAUUGAGCCGACUCUGAGACUUGAUGCAGCCCCUGGGAUUUCUUGGUUGACCCGACGCUCGGUCUUGAGUGGCAUCUGUGAAGGAAGCCUUGUGGUGGAACCAGUGCCGCCAGCGACCAAGAAAUACGAAUUUCCGUGUUCCCUAUGUGGUGAGCGCCGAACCGGGGACGUUAAUGAGAGAACCCAUCGUUUCCGAACGUCGGAUAGUGAGACUGCGCAGCGGUAUCCCUUGUGUGCUCUCUGCCUAGAGAAAGUACGCUCUUCGUGUGAAUUCACCGGGUAUCUUCGCCUUAUUCUGGACGGACACAUUCGUGCCGGCGAUGCUGAAGAGGAGAAGGAGUUCUGGGAAGAAACUAUUCGUCUGAGGGAAAGAAUGUUCUGGUCCCGAGUUGGUGCGGGAAUUGUCCCGAUAUUUACUCAGCUCAACGGUGCGCAGGAGACCAUGCUGGAUGCACACGAACAUAUGGCGGAUGCAACCAUUAUCGAAACAAUCGAGAACCAUCCCGAGCUUGAAUACCAGCCAUCCGAGAGCACUGAUGUGCAAAGCAAGUAUUCGGUCGACGAUCACGAACAGGACAACGAUGGCGAGCGCCAUAGAUUGUCUCUGAGCGAAGACCCAUUUGUCUCCGCUCCUUCGGAAUCACCUGUUAGCAGUACCGUUCCUUCCCCAUUGGAUACUAGCGAGCAGGAUAAAGUCACCGAGCAAACCGUGGAUGGAGCCGCCACUGCUCUGGAGCCUGCUGCCGAAAAGCUUCCCACCGUGGAUGAGAACGAAGUAUCGAACACUCCAGUCCACGUCGAGGCUUCAACCGCCAAGGAGUCCGAUCGAAACUAAAGCCCAAAACCGCGAGCGGCAUCGGCUUGAUCAUUGAGUCAACAAGGUUGUCUCCCAAAUUAUCUUUUCUAUUUCAUAUUUAUUCCCCUUCCUGCACGGCUGCUU